UUGCACUCUGAUUUGAUCUUUGCUGUAAAGCGGUAUAGAGUGGAUCAUGUGACUAGAAAAACAUGACACACCGAUCAGGAAGCAGAGGUUAGGCCGAGCAGACUGUCAAGACAGAACUCAUUAAGGUCUUGGGGAGACUCCCAAUGUGUCAACGAUGGCCUACCAGUACGGAAAAGUGCAGGACCCAAAUGUGCUUACUCAGACGAUAAUCUCCAACAUCCAAAAGAUAGCACAACAAACAUCUGAAAUACAGAGUAUUGUGGAUAAGUUGGGAACACCACAAGACACAACUGAGCUCAGACAGCAACUGCAGCAGAAACAGCAGAAUGUCAACCACCUUGCCAAAGAAACUGACCGAAGUGUGAAGCAAUUUGGCUCUUUACCUGUCACAACUGAACAGCGCCAGAGAAAGAUCCAGAAAGACCGAUUUAUCAAUGACUUCUCCAAUGCACUGGCCAAUUUCCAAAAGACACAGAGGCAGGCUGCUCAGAAAGAGAAGGCGUUUGUUGCCAGAGUCCGUGCCGAGUCCAGAGUGUCGGGUGGCUAUCCUGAUGACAGCUUUGGAGGAAAUGGAAACGUCUUUGAAAGUGGGGGGCAGGCCCAGGUCCAGUCACAGUCCCAGGAGGUGGCCAUCACUGAAGAGGACCUGCAGCUCAUCCAGGAGAGAGAGACUUCCAUCAGACAGCUAGAGUCUGAUAUUACAGAUAUAAAUGAAAUAUUUAAGGACUUGGGAAUGAUGGUCCAUGAGCAAGGUGAUGUGAUCGACAGUAUAGAGGCCAAUGUCGAAACUGCUGACCUUCAUGUUCAGAAUGCCACCCAGCAGUUAGCACAGGCUGCAGACUAUCAGCGCAAAUCUAGAAAGAAGAUCUGCAUUCUCAUUGUAGUUCUGGCAGUUCUUGCUGUUGUCGUUGGUUUAAUCAUCUGGGCAUCAGUCAAAGGAUGAUGAUGCUUUUCACAUACUCUUUGGUCCUGGAAUUUUAAUGAUUAUUUAGGACUAAGUUUGAGUUACAGAUCUCAUAGCCAUAAUACUAUAGUAAGAAGAAUACACACAGAAUUUACCUGAAAUAGGCUUGUGUGAUACAGUACCUGCUAAUUAUUAUGGACUGUAGCCUAGUCUAUGCACCAGAGGCCAAGAAUUGUGCAAUGCUAAGUAAUAUCUUGCAUCACUUUUGCUGUCAAGUUCCUCAGUGCUGUCUUAUUCUUCACUUCAAGCCUUUAUUUUCUAUGAAGCAAUUUAUGCAUUUUUAUUUAAUCUCACAAAGAUUCUCACUGUAUAAAUAAAUAUGU